GCGCAAGUCGCGCAAGUGCGAGCAGUGGAUUUGUGCCGUUCGUGCUCGGUUUUCGCUCUCGGUUUAACUUCCGCUUGCAAAGGCGACGCGAUGAUUGCGCACGGGCACGAAGAGUGGCAUUUGGGGGGUUAGCGCGGUAGCGUUGCGUGCGUGAGCCGAGCGUUGCUUGUAUACAAAUAAAUCAGGAACGCAGUUUGGCACAAACGGUCGACGGCCGCAGCUCGUCCGAACGUACCGCGACGAUCGCCCAUCUCGACGCGAAGCCGAGUGUCCGCUGGCGUCCCUUCGGCUGAGGGCGAUGGGUUGAAAGUGAAUUGCUCGGCGCGAUUAGUGAAUUUCGACUGCAGAAUUGCGUUCGUGCGCCGAAUAUGAAACGCUCCCGAUGGGGAAAUGCCAUUCUUGUAGGCGCUAUUUUGACAGGCACCGAUUUGUAUCGUUCGCUUAAUAACAAAACGCGAUGCGUUUGCCACUCGAUAUGAAUAAUUGUGGAGCCGUGCGCCGAGAGUAAUGUAUGGAAAUUCAAUUUGUAUAGUAAUUAUGGAGCUAAACAUGAUUUGAAGAAGUCACUUGUGUAUUGAUUACAGUCUAGGUUAUGUUUCCAACUUUCAUUAGCAUCCUAGAUAUACAGUCAUGGUGGGAGGUCCCAAGUAUUGCUCACUUCUGCUCCUUGUUUCGUACCGCUUUUAAACUGCUUGAUUUUGAUAUUGAAGACUUAGAAGAGGCUUUGUUGACUGAUGGCACUGAAGAACCAUCAUGGUUGCAGGAACUUAUUGUUUUGUUGCUAAAAGGUUGUCUGCAUGAACAUGACAUCUCUCUUUUCAAUUAUCAGAUGUUCUUGCGGCGACUAUUCAGGAAGAAAUGCGAAGAAUACGAUAUUUUGAAUCCGUUCAAUACAGACAUUGAUUUCGAAUUGCUGCCAUUGCGUGUCAAAGUUGAGAUUCUUUAUAAUUUGUGUGAAUUUCGUUUGGACGCACCUGACGUACUCGACGAGCUUAAGAACUUGGAGGCGGAUAGUCUUAGAGUAGAACCGAUCGGUUACGAUGGUAAGAAAUCAGCCUAUUGGUACUUCUAUGGGACCAGACUCUACAGGGAAGACUUUCCCAAGUCAGAGAAACCAAUUUGGCAGGUCGUUUGCUUUACUAUAACAGAUUGGUCGCAAUUGGCUAGGAAACUCGAAGACACUAAGUGCAAGGCUGAGCAAUCUUUAUAUAAAACUUUGAAGAAGAAUUUUAUACCGGAACUGCCGCGUUUAUUUCUUGAAAAGGAGACCAUAGCACGUAAACGCUUACUUGAAGCAAAACGUUCCACAAAGGAAGAAAGUUUCUUGAUACGUGAAGAUUAUUACACGGAUCUAAUCAGGAAGGAUAUAAAGCGUCACGAAAUAAGUAGGCGGUUUGAACGAAAAUCUCCUGAACUAUUUGACGACAACUCUGAAAGUCGGUAUGAAAUGGGCAAAUCUAAGGAUAAGAAACACAAGCAAAAAGAUGGGGCCGAAGAACGUACGCUGCCGUCCCCAACAAAAUCCAAAGAUGCCAAACCGGUCGGCCGACAAACGAACAAUUCGUUGGCGUCGGCGACUGGGCAAAUACUUAUUGAGCCGGUUUCAAAUCCGACCAAAAAGAAAAUGAAAACUUCUCAAGUUUUUAGCCAAUCUGAGGAGGAUUUACAAGUUGGAUUGCAUAAAAUACUUGAUGCAGUCAAAGACCAUGAGGAUGCCUGGCCUUUUGUAAAUCCUGUCGAAGAGGAAUAUGCGCCUAAUUAUUAUUCCAUCAUUCGCAAACCCAUGGAUUUGCAGAAGAUGGAAGAACGACUGGAAAACGGGCAUUACAAAACUUUCUCAAAGUUUAGGACCGAUUUUCAACUAAUUGUCAAUAAUUGUAAACUUUACAAUGGGGUUGAGAACGAAUACUCUGAAAUGGUUGACACUGUAUUAGAAUUCUUCAAUCGCUCGGUAGAAAGAUACCUGGACCAAAUAACGUCGUCUGAUGACGAAAUUGCUGUUGAAUUUCCCAAUUCCGAUAAAAAUAAGAAGAAGAAGCAUCCAGAAGUUAUCCCAAAGAAGAAGCCUGUUAGUCCUGAGCAGAAAAAAGCAAAAACGAAAUCUAGGGAUAUUGAAGAAGAUGUAAAAAUACAUAAAAAGAAGAAGGACAAGGAUAAAGAAGAAAAGAAGGAAAAAGAAAGGGAUAGGGAGGAUAAAAAGGAUAAGGAAAAGGACAGGAAAGACAAAAUAAAGGCUGAUAAAAAAGACAAAGAAAAGGAAAAGGAGAACAAACGAGUGAAAGAAGAGUACCGAGAAAUUAUGAGUCCCAAAAAGGCGAAGAAACGAAAAUCUGAUGUGUUGGAAGACCAUAAAAGCAAACGGGAUGAGAGAGAGGCUAAAAUUCGAAAACAGGAAGUAGUUAAAGAUACUAAAAAUAGAAACAAAGUUGACGAUAAAUACAAAAAGGUCGACAAAGAAAAGGAUAAGAUUAAAUCCAAAAAAUCAAAGGAAAUUGAAUCAAAAACUAGCAAAAAAGGUUAUUCACCGCAUAGCCCUAAAAAACACAAAUCUAGAAAAAACGAUAGCAGAGAAUCAAAUCUGAAAAAUAAGCCUACAAAGAAAUCAUUCAAAAAGGGAAAACAUUCGGUAGGACGAAGCCAGAGUCGAAGUCGUAGCCGUAGCUUCAGUGGGAGCAGAAGCGGGAGUGGAAGUAGAAGCCGCAGUCGAAGCUUUAGUCGAAGUCGUAGUUCACUGUUUGACCGGUGGAGUAGUAGCCCGCCGCCCUCUUCAAUACCGUCAAGCCCUGAAAUGGUACGAAAAGUUUCACCAUCCAAACAUAAAAAGUCUUCACCGCACGAUGAAGUAAAAGACAAAUUAAAAUCUAAGCAGGACAAAUGGAAAGACCUCUUUAAAGACGAUAAAGCGAAUAUUGGGAAAAAUGAUCCUAUCAAACCAAAAGACAAGCAUCACACACUUAGCGAAACGAUUGAAAAAUUAAAGGCUAAGAGUGAUCUCACCAAACUAAAGGUUGUGGAGAAAGAAAAAAGUAUGAAAAUUUACGACUUCCCUAGUGAGCCAAAGGAAGUCCGACCGGAUUCUAAAAAGGAUGCAGCAGUCAAGGCGGGUAAGAAGAAGGAAACGGUUGUGAAUAAAAAGAAAAAGUUAGCCAAAGAUCUAUUCGAGGAUGACAAUAGCACCGCAGAUAGUGUACAAUCGGAAAAGAAAGUUAAAAACAAAAAGGCAGCAAACUGCACCAACAAUUCUAAAAAGUAUGAUGCUCUUUCUCUGGCAACCGAACAAACACUUAAGGAUAUCAACAAGUGGUUAGACGACACGCCAAAGGAAUUUAGCUCGGCGACAAAUUCCCCCUCGGCCUUUUCAAGUAUAGACGAGUUUGAUAACAACACAAACAAAUCGUCCGACUUGGAAAAGAAAAAAUCCGAUGUUCCAUCGUCGAUUCGUAAGGAGACUGGUGCUAAUGAGGCACCGGUACAUUCGAAUAAUGGCAAUUCAAAUAGCAGCUUGUCGAAUACCAAUGCAAACGCGAAGAAGCGACCGAUGAAUAGGGACCCAACGAAGAUGUUCCGACGAAAAGAAGUGCAACGAACAAUUGAACGCUUGCAACCAGGCAAAAGCAAAGGUAAUCUUAUAACAAAUGUGCAAAAUAAAGAUUCGAAGCAGGAGGAAGUUUUUCCUCUCGGACCACUUUCAAAAAUAAAAGACACUAAAAAUUCGUUAAUAGUGAAAACAGACGACAGUGCGCCUAAGUUAAGUCUCGGUUCGGUGUUGGACAGUUUCGGUAAACACAAAUUUAUCGACGACGAUGUCAAUAAGGACAAUGAAGGUGAGUCGGAUAAAAAGUCAGAAGAUAAGGUGCCGUUAGACGAAAACAAAGAUGAUGUUAAAUGUGAGGAGGUUAAAGCAGACUCGCCCAAGUUAGACAAUAGUCCGGGGACCGCAACCCCCAAUCUAAGUGCCUGGUUCAAAGCGUUCGGCGGACCCAAAGUGCAAUCUGCAACGAAGAAAUCGGACGCGAAAGAGGAAAAGACGGUGUCCAUUGAUACCACGAUGGAGAACAAGAAAGAAGAAACACGCAAAGUUGUUGUUCUGCCGGAUCCGUCGCCAAAUCCAGACAGCCCAUUGAUGAACGAGCAGCCGGCACCUCGCCAGCGUAAAGUUAGCACGGGCAGCAGCAUGUCGGAGCGAUCGUCUUUCUCACAGGACAUGGACUCGCCGCGUGUGGGGAUCGACGAGCGCAUUAGUGCGUAUCCCGCGCCGUAUCCGUCGCCGCUGCAUAAAUCACCAGUAGCGUCUCCUAGUUUGAGGUCGCCUCUGCCCGAUGCGUCGCCUAAAUCGACGGCUUAUUCAUUCAAUGGACAAAUUCGUGUCGGUUUCUAUCAGGACACUGUGUCUACCAAAAGUAGCCCAGACAAGUCGUGUAGUCCGCGUGAUAAUCCGCAAUCGCCUUACCCACAAUACUCGGAGCACGUGUAUACGCCACCGACAACGCAGAACGCCAAUUAUUCGUACAACAAUCCGUACUAUCAACCGAGUAGUAAUUAUUCGUCAAGCAAUCCGACGCCGCCUUACAACGCCGAGUCCAGCGCACCUUCCUAUUACGACACCACUAAGCCUUUAACGGACCAAUAUCAAGCUAAGAAUCCGAAUUCACCUGUGGCGCCGCAGUCACAACAACCAUCGCCCCUAAUGAGUCAACAGGUAUCGCCAAAUGUACAGAGUCAACCGUCGCCGAUUGAUAUGCAGCAGCACUAUCAGCAGCCUCAUUCGCCGGCGGUUAAUCAACAAGUGCAGGAUGCGUACGCGCGGCAAACUCAAACACGAUCACCAAUGGAACCACAACAACCAUCUCCACAACAAAUGCAACAAUUGUCACCCCAACAACCACUUCAACAGCCGCAGCAACAAACGCAUUCUGUUGUGCAACAAUCGCAUCAACAGCAAGUAGCCCCAGCUCAGCAAGAUAAAUUCAUGUACGGUUCUCAACAAUUACAGCCCACUCAAACGCCACCUCAACAGAUACCACAAUUGGAUGCAACGGCUGCAUACAGAAGUGCAUUGGAUUACGGUCGGCAACAACCUCCACCGAACGUUGAACCUUUCAGGACGAAUGAACCUAAAUUACAACAAACUAGCAACUCUUAUCCCGUGAAGAAACGUGCCUACAAUGAAAUCGAACAGACAACGCAGAGGACUUAUGAGGAAACUCACAACGCCCAAAAUUAUCCUUCUCGAGACCCUCCAAAGUAUAUUCAUCAAAACAUACCCGAGCCAAGAUUAUCGUCACAAGUUCACGCCACACAACAGAUCCCGCAACAAAUCCCACAACAACAGAAUGCCUUGAAUCAAUUUACGCCUUCUUCGUACAAUUAUCCUCCCGAAUCUGGACACCAGUAUCCACCACUUAAUAUACCAUCUGCUGGUAGAAGCACGUUAAACCCCAUGGGGUCGCUUGAUGAGUCUCGCAAAAUUGACAUGUCCAAAUACACCAACAUGGGCUACACUGGCCCAGAUAUUAACUUACAUUUGCAACGAACACAUCACUAUAAACAACCAACGGCAGCUGCUCCCAGUCAAGCGGAUUCUUUACAACAGCAGCAACAACGCUAUCGGGACACGAAUGUUUUGAAUAUGAAUAAUUAUAAAGCACCAGCGGGGGCUGGCCUCGCUGCCCAGGGUGCUCAAACACAAGGUAAUGAACCGGCGAAUAGUUUCAAAGCAGAUGUGGGAAUAUCACGACCUACGUACCACGGGACUUCGGGCCAACUAGAAAUGGAUCAGUCGUUAUCGCUCAGAGGUUUGACUCAUAUCGUCGAUCGUUACCCGAACGAGGAGAGUCGAAUGUUGGGAUUGCAAGGCAAUCCACCGCCCUCAUACUAUUCGGAUAAGAACCUAUCGUCGCAGCACAUGUUUGCUGGGAAAGCUAUUGCAACUAGCGCUUCCACUCUGCCAAUGUUUUCGCAAUCUAGCACGAUGUCUCCCUACGGGAUGCAGACUCAUCCCAAUAUGUACCAACGACAGAUGACGGACUUACAAGUGCCGAUGUCACAAAGUCAGCCUGCGCUUCAGCAACCUCAGCAGCAACAAGCACCCGUUCAACAGACUCCGGCUGCUCCGGAGCCCAAGCCGAAGAAGAAGCGAAUGACCAAAGCAGCUAAAGCCGCCGCGGCCGCUGCCGCAGCUGCACAAGCUGCACAACAACAACAAACUAGUAACCCACCAGCGACUAACGAACCAACACCAGCCGCGGGACAAGGCUUCCAAUCAUACGCAGGCUUAAAAACCUCCACUUCGUCAAUGGAACCGAGUGCCAUUUCUUUAAAAACUGCGAGCGUCGUCCCCGGCAGUGCGUUCAACUUCGGCUCUAGCACCACAGGUCUUUCCUUACCACCGGGUUUAUACGGCGACAAAGAUGCGUAUCCGAAUUUCCUCGAAGAUUUCCGCUCGACGCCAUCAAACUACUACAUGGCCGCAGCAGCAGCGGCGCACCAUCGUUCCACGCCGGAAAACCCAGAGAAAACUACUUCUGGUCGUGUCCCUGCUCAUCAAUCUAGCAAUCCUUCAUCCGUGUCGGGUUCAUCGCCGGCCGCGUAUCCGUUUAUCGGUGCUCCCCAAGCGCGACCCCCCAGUUAUCCGCUACCAGGCGUGCCCGGUCCCUUUAUGCCGCCACAUCAAGCGCCGCUUAUGGACACUAGUUCACCGCAAUACUUGCAGUAUUUACAGGCGGGCGUCUUGCAUCAAGGACUGUUACCACCGGGCGCGUACGCCGCACCGGGUUAUCACCCUGCGUUGAGCAUUAGGCAACAGUAUGACUCCAUGACCAGGCCGCCAUGGCUUUAAAAUUAGACGUAUUAACAGAACAUGUAUUGUAUGAUCACUCGAAACCAAAGACACUGUCUACAUGUGUAAUGUUUUUUAUUGUUUAAUGUAUACUUAACUAGUACGUUUAAAUUGAGUGCGAUCAGUGUAAACCAGUGACAAUUAUACAGUGAGAAUAUCGCGCUACAAGAAAUGUCUUAAAAUGAUUUGUGGUAACCAUAUAAUUAAGGACAUCCAAUUAAUUACUGGGUGUUUAGUUAUAGAUUGUACAUAGCUUCCUUCGCGUACUUUCUAAUGACGAGCAUAUCCGAAGCAAUUCGCUAAAGUAAUUUAAAUUGAAUAUAACGAGUGACAUCUAAGCACUAGAAUUUAUCAUGUUAAUUGUGUUUGUUGUUGUAUGUACAUAAUCAUUUUAAAUUUUCAUUUUAUAUUUGUUUUGUUGAUUUAAUUCUAAUUUAAAUUCUAUAAGCAUUCCGAAAAUUCUAUCAUCUAUCUAGCAAUUCGUAAAUUUCAAUCAUUGUUCCCCAUGACAUUUGUAUCAUGUAAAUUAUUUGUUCAUUUCAAAUCAUUUAAUAUAUGUGCUUACGUCUUCGUGUCCGGAGCAAAGGAAAUUAGCGCUAGUGUUAGUUAAUUCGGUUGCUUUUCAAAAUAUCGAAUUGUACAUUUGAGAAAGAAAGUAUAAAUUAAUUAAGGACACUAGAACCAAAAUAGAAUUAUGAUUAUUGUAGAGAAUAACAAAGAUAAAUUUAUAAACAAUUAAGCUAUUAUCACAUGUAUAGAUUUUAUAAUACAAAUACGAUUACGAAAUAUUAACUACUUUUAAAUAUUAUAUAUUCUGGUAUAUUUUAUAUUUUGUGUAUAGAGACAGAUAAGAACGUAUUGAGUUGUAAGAUUAACGUACGAAUGAAACAUGUUGUGUGUUGUCUUGUAUCUUAUGUCAUGUAGAAUCUACAGAGUAGAGAAAUUCGCUGAAGACAAGCUAGAGCGCGAAAAGUGGUUGUAAUACUUUUUAAAUUUAUGAUUCGAAAAGUUCGACGCACUUUGAGUAGAUUUUAUUUAUUUCUGUUGCGAACCAUCCUUUUCGAUAACAAUUACAUGUUAAUUAUAUAGAUUAUAUACUGCAUACGAAUUGUUACGUGUAUUUUUAUUGGAAUGGAACAAUAUCGACAAUAUAGAAAAUAUAUAUACAACAAAUAGGGCGACGAGGAUAUAUUUAUUAUUUAAUGGUUCGAUUUGAGGAUCAAAAACAAGUAAAUGUUGAAGAUGAUGAUAAAAUACAAGCUGUCAGCUUUAAAUACUUUGUACAAAAUACAAAUUUAAAAGAAAACAAAAUAAAAUUCAAAAGUGAGGACAACGUUUACUUUAACAGGCCAAUAUAUAAAUAUUAUAGUUGAUUUAUAAAUCCGUUAAUGGAUUUUUAGACCUCUAGCAUCGGUAAAUGUAUGUUAAUUUUAACAAUAUUUGACUUCCUUGCUUGUGAUUACCCAUGCAGACGUAAUAAAAUGUGUUGAAAUUGAAAUUACGUUAGGACAGUUGUAAGUUGCUAACUUAUAUUACAUUGCUGUAAUAUUACAAUUAUUGUACACCGAAUUUAAUACGACGUAUUCUGGCACAAAGAACUUUAUGUAUAUAAUAAAGACAUUUUGUUAAAAAAA